AUGAACAACCAACGGCGCUUACAAGUCGUUCAAAGGAUCGAUCAAUCUGUGCAGGCUCAAAGAGCUGUAAAGGCUGAAUCAAACAAGGUCAGGCAGAUCAUGGAGUCGGCUGCUAGCGACCUUGAAGUUUGCAAAGAGGAGGCUGUGGAUGAGGGGAACGUUGACUAUGGCACAUCAGUAUCAGAUGGAGGGGAGUUCGUUGUCCCAGACACGGGCGUUGCGGACGCCUUCUCUGUGCCUGCUGAGAGUCCGACCGGUGGCCAUACUUUACCAACGGCACCCGCAGCAACAAAGGGCCAAACUCCUUCGAUGAACGUCUCGGCCGCCCAAGCUCGAAAACUUCUCUCCAAUCACAUUGUCGACACCCAGAGGACAAUUGCCACGAAAUUUCCUUCCUCGCCUCUGAGCCUCUCGGUACUUCCCACUAUUCGUGCUCUUGGAGCUGCUCCUGCAGCUUUCGUCCUAUCGGCCCGUCACUGGAACGGUCAUCUCAAAUUUCACUUCCUUCAAUAUCAGGAUGUAGGAGCGAUGCUCGCGCUGCUUCAGCAGAUGGAAGAGGAAUUCAUAGAGUUCGACACGACUACAUUGAAUCGCCUGUUGUACGCUCUAACAUUUGGCAAGCGAGCACGGGAAGGUCGGAUGGGUCAAGUGGCGCAGAAGAUAUGGACGAGCGAAGCCAGGAAGAAAGACCUCGAACAACUGCAGGAGCGGACGGACAGGCUUAUUGCCGGACUGGAAUCACGCGACACCGGUGAAAAUGCGAACAGGGGACCGAGAAUCCGUCUACAGGCUCGCGUUAAUCCUGAGAACAAGAGCACCCGGGCAUCUAAAAGACUGCUUGCAGAAGAAGAAACUCGCACUUCUGAUUAG